CGGAAGCGGUGGCCGGGCAGCCAUGUCGCCUUUGUCUGCGGCGCGGGCGGCCCUGCGCGUCUACGCGAUGGGCGCAGCGGUGAUCCUGGCGCAGCUGCUGCGCCGCUGCCUCGGGGGCUUCGCGGAGCCAGCCUUCCCCCACCAAGCUGGCCGGGUUGCCAUAGUGACGGGAGGCACCGAAGGCAUCGGCUACGCUACCUGCAGGCGGCUGGCGCGGCUGGGCAUGCACGUGGUCAUAGCCGGAAACGACAGGGCCAAAGCAGAGGCAGCCGUGCGGAGGAUCAAGGAGGAGACUCGGAAUGACCAAGUGGAGUUCUUAUACUGCGACCUGGCGUCUCUGGAGUCCAUCCGCGAGUUCGUGCGCAAGUUCAAGGCGAAGAGGAUCCCUCUGCACGUGCUGGUCAACAACGCCGGCGUGAUGAUGGUCCCGCAGAGAAAGACCGCGGACGGAUUCGAGGAGCACUUCGGCCUGAACUACCUGGGACACUUCCUGCUCACCAACCUGCUGCUGGACACCCUCCAGGAGUCAGGAUGCCCCGGCCGCAGCGCCAGGGUGGUCACCGUGUCGUCAGCCACGCACUACGUCGGCGAGCUGGACCUGGACGACCUUCAGAGCAGCCGCUGCUACUCCCCGCACGGCGCCUACGCCCGCAGCAAGCUGGCCCUGGUGCUCUUCACCUACCACCUGCAGCGCCUCCUGGCGGCCCAGGGCAGCCACGUCACGGCCAACGCCGCGGACCCCGGCGUGGUGGACACCGGCCUCUACAGGCACGUCUUCUGGGGCACCCGCCUGGUCAAGAAACUCUUCGGCCGGUGGCUGUUCAAGACCCCCGACGAAGGGGCCUGGACCCCCGUCUACACGGCGGUCGCCCCCGCGCUGGAGGGCCUGGGCGGCCGCUACCUCUACAACGAGAAGGAGAUCGCGUCGCUGGCCGUCACCCACGACCCGGACCUGCAGCGGGGACUCUGGGCCAGAAGCUGUGCGCUGACCGCCGUCCCGGACGGGACCCCCGACAUCCUCGAGGGGCGGCUGCCCCGGCGGGAGGAGGCCAGCGAGUGAAGGGUCCCCCGGCCGCCGCCCUCACCUGGCCUUUGAGGGGCCUCACAGAGCAAAGGUCCCACGGUGUGUUGCACCAAGCAGGGGGGGCCCUCACCCCACACCUUGUGAUGCCAAAGUGUCGAAGGGUUCCAGGUGCCACCAGUAAUUAAACGCUCCCCUUGCGCA